AUGGCGGAUGCAACUUCCGGCGUCACGGCUGAUUUGCUGAAAAGCAAACUCAUCGAUCAGUUGCAGGCCGAGCAUGUCGAGAUUGAGGAUCUGUCGGGCGGUUGUGGGCAGGCCUUCCAGGCUAUCAUUGUGUCGCCCCAGUUCGACAAGAAGACCAUGCUUGCUCGUCAUCGUCUCGUGAACUCGGCUUUGAAGGCGGAGAUUGCGGCCAUCCACGCGUGGACGCCAAAGUGCUACACGCCCGAGCAGUGGCAGGCGCUGCAGCAGGGAAGCGCCUAA